CCGUCUGUGUGUGUGUGUGUGUGUGUGUGUGUGUGUGUGUGUGUGUGCGCGGGCGCCCGUCCUCGCGGGAGGGCUCCGGCUUGCGCCCCGGCCCCCGCCAUCCGGCGGAGGAUGCAGUUAGGGGAGCCGCUUGUGGCGGGCGCGGCGGCGCCGUUGGCGGGCGCCCCCUUCUUCCCCCUGGAGGGCGGCGGGCCCCUCCACCCGGCGCACGCCCACCUCCACCUCCCGCAGGCCCGGCGGGCGGACUCGGACAAGGGGCUGAAGUUCUUGUUGGGGGGCCUGGUGGGGGGCCCGGUGCCCCCCGAGGCGGGCAGGGCCAUGCUCAGCCAGGCGGAGGCGGGGGCCGGCGGGGCGGCGGACGGCCGCAAGAGCGCCCCCUGCGGGCCAGAGGAGCUGCCGCCGCCCGGCUCCUCGUCCUCCUCGUCCUCGUCCUCCUCCUCCACGUCGUCGUCCGGCUCCUCCUCGUCCUCCCGGUUCCCCCUGGACGGGUCCGAGCGGUUCUUCGCGCCGCCCCCGGGGCCGGGGCCGUCGGAGCUGGGCGGGCCGUGCUCCCUGUUCCCCUACGCGCCGCCCAACGGAGCGCGUUUUCCCUACGGCUCCGUGCUGCCCCCUGCCGGCUUCCCGCAGUUCGGCCCCGGCGGCCCUCCCGGAGGCGGCGGCGGCGGCGUGUACGGCGGGCCCUACCCCGGCCCGCCGGGGCCCGGCUCCGGAGGCCUCCGGGCCCAGGUCUUCCUCUGCAACAGGCCCCUGUGGCUCAAGUUCCACCGGCACCAGACGGAGAUGAUCAUCACCAAGCAGGGCAGGAGAAUGUUUCCUUUCCUGAGCUUCAACAUAAACGGGCUGAACCCCACGGCCCACUACAACGUGUUCGUGGAGGUGGUCCUGGCCGACCCCAACCACUGGCGCUUUCAAGGGGGGAAGUGGGUGACCUGCGGCAAGGCGGACAACAAUAUGCAAGGCAACAAAAUGUAUGUUCACCCAGAGUCCCCCAAUACCGGCUCUCACUGGAUGAGGCAGGAGAUUUCCUUUGGGAAACUGAAACUCACCAAUAACAAAGGCGCAAACAACAACAACACACAGAUGAUAGUCUUGCAGUCUUUACACAAGUACCAACCCCGACUUCACAUUGUAGAAGUUACAGAAGAUGGGGUUGAGGACCUGAAUGAUGCUUCAAAGACACAGACUUUUACCUUCACCGAAACCCAGUUCAUUGCAGUGACGGCCUACCAAAAUACCGACAUCACACAGCUGAAGAUAGACCAUAACCCAUUUGCAAAAGGCUUCCGGGACAACUACGAUUCCAUGUACACCGCUUCCGAAAAUGACAGGUUAACUCCAUCUCCCACGGAUUCUCCUAGAUCCCAUCAGAUUGUCCCCGGUGGCCGCUAUGGCGUCCAGUCCUUCUUCCAGGAACCUUUCGUCAACACGUUGCCUCAAGCCAGAUUUUACAACGGCGAGAGAACCGUCCCGCAGACCAACGGCCUCCUUUCACCCCAGCAAAGCGAGGAGGUGGCCAAUCCCCCUCAGAGAUGGUUCGUUACGCCCGUUCAGCAGCCAGGGAGCAACAAACUGGACCUAGGCUCCUACGAGUCCGAGUACACUUCCAGCACGUUGCUCCCCUACAGCAUUAAAUCCCUGCCCCUGCAAACAUCCCACGCUUUGGGAUACUACCCUGAUCCGACGUUCCCGGCCAUGGCAGGGUGGGGAAGCAGAGGCUCUUAUCAGAGGAAGAUGGCAGCAGCCGGCUUACCGUGGACUUCCAGAACGAGCCCUUCGGGUUUCUCUGAAGACCAGCUCUCCAAAGAGAAAGUCAAGGAAGAAAUCAACACUUCCUGGAUAGAGACCCCACCUUCCAUAAAGUCUCUCGAUUCUAAUGAUUCUGGGGUGUACACUAGCGCUUGCAAAAGGAGACGGCUCUCUCCUAGUACCUCCAGCAAUGAAAACUCCCCCUCGAUUAAGUGUGAGGACAUCAAUGCAGAGGACUAUAGCAAAGACACUUCAAAAGGCAUGGGUUACUAUGCCUUCUACACAAGCCCUUAAAGCAUUAUUGUACAUUUAUCCAGUCGGUAACUUUUCAAGGUGGACUUGGGUGUUUUUGGUUUUUGUUUUUUGCCUAGGUUGCCAAAAAGACUUGCCUUUUCCACCUUGAAGCAUACUUUUUUGUGUGUGCAAUUCUCUAUAGAAGGUGCCAAAGCUUUUUGAUUGCUGCAGGUAACUGGAACAGCCCUAAUAUAAAGAAAAAGUCAACUGUUUUUCAAUGCUCGGUUUUAUUUUGAAGGAUCUUCUAAGAUUUUGUCGGAUGGCCCUGGUUUUAACCACAUAGCUUAUUUAUUCAGACGCUAAGCUACAGUGUCGUCAGCUCGGUGAUCCAGGGAGAGUAGGUGGUUGUGGGAAA